UUCCAUAAUAUAUAUCUUAUGUUUGUUUCUUCUGCCUUUUCCCCUGAUGUAGGUGUGGUAUGACUUCAGAAGAUUUAGACGACUGGACUAUCCAGGAACUCUAAAGAUCCCAGUAACACUGGAGAGCAUUCCAGUGUUCCAGCGAGGGGGGAGUGUGGUGCCCCUUAAGACCACAGUAGGAAGAUCCACUGAAUGGAUGACAGAUAUUUCUUACGAACUCCGUGUUGCUCUGGACUCCAAGGACUUUGCAGUAGGUGAGCUCUAUCUGGAUGAUGGGCAUUCAUUUCAGUACCUUCAUAAGAAGCAAUUCCUGCACAGGAAAUUCACUUUCCACAAGAAUGUUUUCUCUUCCAGCUGUGCUGAUGAAAUUGGGCAGUACCACACAAAAUGUGUAGUUGAACAGGUACUAAUUCUGGGAGUUCAAAAGCAACCCACAUCUGUGACAGUCAGUCUCCAGGGUAAGAGAGAUGGGACAGACAAAGAAGUGGUUUUCACAUAUGAUGCCAAGACCUCCAUGUUGACACUGGAAAAACUAUUAUUAAAUGUUGGUGCUGACUGGGAAAUUCACAUCAAGUGAGAGGAGAAACUGUGUCUUCAAAGAACUGGAUGGAAAGUUGAAAGGAAAUGGUUUUGAAGAACUUAAAUUUCUCUCUUGAAUCUGACUAGUUUGAAAUAACAUAGGCAGAACUAUAGCAGCCCCAGACUAAUCUUUCUUAACAUUUUUUUUAAAAAGAUUGAUUUAAUUUAGAUUUGACAAGCUCUUCCCUGGUCAGUAGCUGGCAAAAGUAAUAGUAAUGUGAUCAUAUCACUGGAAAAGGCUCAUCGGUGUCCUGCCAAGGCUGGUUUCAUUUUGGCAAACAGGAUUCUGCAGGCAGUGAGCUAAAUUCUGCGCUCCCUUACACCCAUGCAAUAAAGGCCCCCAUUAGGCUGUGGAAGAGACUGGGCCUGGUUUUCAAGGUCUUAAACCCAAGAAUUUCUAGUUUUUAAAUUUCAGGCAGUUUUCUAAGUGUCUGCAAAUCACUGGUAUUUUGACUGUUCAGCAAAUAGGGCAUUUCAGAGAGGGAGGAGGGGAGGAGCCCUGAAUCAGCUCGAUCAAAGAGCAUUGAUGAAUUAUGCAAAAUGAAAAGGACUAAAAUGUAUGUCUAGGACAUUGUGUGCAAACUACCUUGGGCAGAACCAACUUGAAUGAGUGUGAUUACUUCUGUUACAAGCAUUCCCUUUCUGUCCCCACAGCCCUAGCCUACAAGCCAAGGAACAGCCCUACAGUCUGUUUACGGGAAAGUAAAUAACAGAGCUGGGUGAACAGUUCAGCAGUGGAAUCUGAACUCAGCCCAAAGUUAAGGAUUGUGAGGGCAGUAUGUACCAGGUGAUGUGCGUGAAUAAAGGAUCAUAUGGGAAUGGGGAAAUCAUAUUGAAUAUUUAUUUCUAGACUUUAUAAAAAUCUAAAUAUUAUAAAGGAUAAUAUUGGGUUUGGAUAUUAGCUGGACUCCCAUAAAUACUUUCUAUCACAAUGCUUUUUCCCACCCUGCCCACCCCCAAUGUGUGUUGGUUGGGGCAACUGCCCAAGGUUUUAUUUGAAUGAGUACCAACUGUUUAAAUAGAAGGCCUGCACAAGAGCAGCUCUGCUCUUACAGAUCUUAUAAGAUGUGCUAUAGCAGGGCUUUCUUCCUCCGGACUUUAGCCCAGGGGUGGCAAACUAAAGCCCGCGGGCCACAUCCAGCCCUCUAGCCAGUUUA